AUGGCUCCAGUUGUUGCUGAAGCUGAUCAAAGAUUAGCACUGUACGUAUAUGAAUAUCUGCUCCAUGUAGGAGCACAGAAAUCAGCCCAGACGUUUUUAUCAGAGAUAAGAUGGGAAAAAAACAUCACACUGGGGGAGCCCCCAGGAUUCUUGCAUUCCUGGUGGUGUGUAUUUUGGGAUCUCUACUGUGCAGCUCCAGAAAGACGAGAAACAUGUGAACAUUCAAGUGAAGCAAAAGCCUUUCAUGACUAUAGUGCUGCAGCAGCUCCCAGUCCAGUGCUAGGAAACAUUCCCCCAGGAGAUGGCAUGCCAGUAGGUCCUGUACCACCGGGUUUUUUUCAGCCUUUCAUGUCCCCUCGGUACCCUGGAGGUCCAAGGCCACCUUUAAGAAUACCCAAUCAGGCACUCGGAGGUGUCCCAGGAAGUCAGCCAUUAUUGCCUAGCGGGAUGGACCCAACACGGCAGCAAGGACAUCCAAACAUGGGUGGGCCAAUGCAGAGAAUGACUCCUCCAAGAGGAAUGGUUCCGUUAGGACCACAGAACUAUGGAGGUGCAAUGAGACCCCCACUGAAUGCUUUAGGUGGCCCGGGAAUGCCUGGAAUGAACAUGGGUCCUGGGGGUGGUAGACCUUGGCCAAAUCCAACCAAUGCCAAUUCUAUACCUUAUUCUUCAGCAUCUCCUGGGAACUACGUAGGUCCUCCGGGAGGUGGAGGGCCACCAGGAACACCUAUCAUGCCUAGUCCUGCAGAUUCAACCAACUCUGGAGACAACAUGUACACUUUAAUGAAUGCAGUACCACCUGGACCCAACAGACCUAAUUUUCCAAUGGGGCCAGGGUCAGAUGGACCUAUGAGUGGACUGGGUGGAAUGGAUUCACAUCAUAUGAAUGGAUCAUUAGGGUCAGGAGACAUGGACAGUAUUUCCAAAAACUCUCCCAGUAAUAUGAGCAUGAGUAAUCAGCCUGGCACUCCCAGGGAUGACAGUGAGAUGGGUGGAAACUUCCUAAACCCUUUUCAGAGUGAGAGCUACUCCCCUAGCAUGACAAUGAGUGUGUGAUCCGUUAACAAGUCUCGCCAUGAAGACCACAGUGAGUUGGCCCUCUUCAGAGAGCUACUGCAGAAGAAAAUUAUUCGUCCCAGUGUACAGUUUAACAAAAGGAUCUCAGACACAAUCAGACCCACCAUUUUUUGUUCUACCAUCUCCCCCGUUUUGUCAAGACAGUGGGUCCCAAACAUGAUUGAGACAACUGUAAAGAGUGGCGUAACAGAACUGCCCAAGAUGGAACUGCAAACAAUUAUCUGUGUAUGUACAUGUGUGGGUUAAUGUAUAUGUAUGUGUGUGUGAUAUAGAAAUACACACAUACAUAUAUGGACCCGCAGGACAUUGUAAAAUAUUAUCACACGACAUCUUAAGUAGAAAUGAGAAGUUAGGGACUUUUAUUCCUUCUUUUUUUUUCACGUUUACAUUUUAAUUAUUAAAAUUUGCUUUCCCUCUCCCCUCCUGAACUGUUUUAUGUUGCAUAUAUCACUGCUUUAUAAGUUAUUUUUUAAGGUGAACUCAAAUGAUAAAUUCUUCUGAUUUUGUAAAUGUCUGCCAUUAUGGAUAGGAAUAAAAUUGCUUAUAAGAGCUUUC